AUGGAGUCGGAGAGCUCGAACGGGUACAAGCGGAAUUCUAUGCACCAGGGAUCUUACAGCCGUCCGGUGGAACGUAGGCCCAGCAAGAAGUCAUCUUCGAAGGACCGCCACGGCAUGGUUUACCCGGAUAGCUUCAGGGAAGCGACCAUUCGGACCGUGACCCCUGACUCCGUUGAAACCGGGAACAAUUCACCUGCAUCGGAGGUGGAGCAUCUCCCUGCGAGUGCUGCCCCUUCUCCGCGUGCCGCCCGGACAAGAGCCCCAGAUCGAGAGUCUCGACGCGACUUCAACUUAUACUAUUCCACGGGGGAUGAAGAUGAUAUGCAUUCGGAGUUGAGAAAUCAGCGGGCGCGGUCCCGCACCACCACUUUGGACGACCAACGAAGCGAUAUAUCGUCAAGCUCUUUUCUCACCCGCACGCGGAACCGCUUGGGCUCGAUCAAUACGACCCCUCAACCCAAGAGUGCUGAUGAUCAAUCGGCGUCGUCCAUCGGUUUUCCAUCUAUACAGUCUCCCACAUUCUCUCCCCGAACACCCAGUCGUCCCCGGAUGAGUAGGUCUCCUGGAAGUUCGGGGUUAGGAUCCUCAUCAUUGCCGAAUACGGAUAGUUCCAAGAUCUUGCAGCUUAUGAAGACUACAUGCGGAAGGAUGCACGGCAUUCUGUCUUUCCGAACAUCUUCCACCACCGCUUGGUCUUCCGGUUACUGUGCUAUCAAUGUCGCCAUGGGCAGUCUGAUUUACCAAGCAAAAGGGGAGCCCGCCUUGGCGAAGACACUGAUUCCAGAUCUACGUGGUUGUCAAGUUCGCUCCCUUGUGGAUCCGGAAACCCGAGCGAAUUACCUCAGCGUUUCUACCUUUACGUCCGGCCUUGGAGUAGAAUUGCGGCCUCACGUGAGCGAGACAUUCGAUUCCUGGCUCGCAGCCUUGUUGUGCUGGCAGCCCAUCCGCCCUAAGGGCGUACAAAACAAGAUGACGAAGCCACAGUCCGUCACGAUAAUUGAUCGUCGCGUGGUCGAUCGCCGAAGGAACUCAGAAAGUAGGAGAAACUCUGAGAGUACUGCCCAGAAGGACGCCGCCAUCAUAAAAGUAGGGAAAAUGCUUCUAUGGGAUAGACCUAGCGCCUCGGGCGUUCGCCCAUCUUCCGGUCGUCGCAUUUCAACCUUCCGGCAACAGCGCGCCUUAUCUUCAUCCUGGCAAAAGGUGAGCUGCACGCUGCAGGAGAAUGGUGCGUUCAGGCUCUUCACCGAGUCUGACAUUUCACACGUCACCACCAUUCAACUAUCUCAACUUUCACGCUGCGCAAUACAGAAGCUAGAAUCCUCUGUUUUGGAAGAUGAGUUUUGCAUAGCAAUCUACCCGCAAUAUGCGGUGCAUGCUGUUUCUGGGUUGACGCGCCCGCUUUAUCUUGCGCUGGAAAGUCGGGUGCUCUUUGAAGUGUGGUUUGUGCUCCUGCGAGCCUUUAGCACGCCAGAACUUUAUGGCCCGGCAAUUCCAGCCGAUGAUGAGUCCGUGAAAACACCGGGCUCUAUCGACACCGGCAAUACUGGCACAACGUCUCUUGCCGAUAUGUUCAGAAUUGAGAGAAUGCUAACGGUCAAGGUGACCGAAGCGAAAAUGUUCGGUAAUAAGGGCGCGGACGAGACACCUCGAAGUCGUAAACAGUCCCGGUCUCACUUCACGACCGCUGCACCAUCUGCAACCAACGACUACUAUACCGAGGUCCUUUUGGAUGGUGAGAUCCGAGCGAAGACGGCUAUAAAGUAUCGCACACCUAAUCCCUUCUGGCGAGAAGAGUUCACUUUCAAUGAUCUUCCAACAGUCCUAUCUCAGGUUUCUAUCAUGGUGAAAACCCUUAACCCAGCGCAACGCGACUGGUCUCUAGUAGCUCAUGGCGCGUAUGCUUUGAACCAGGACACAAACCCAACGCGCUUAUUGGAUGAUGUUGAGGUAUCUUCUCAUGACGCCAUGUGUGGGAGGGUGGAUAUCAAACUUGACGACCUCGAGCCAGGUACGGAGACCGAAAAGUGGUGGCCAAUCCUGGAUGAUAGGGACCAAUGUGUAGGAGAGAUGUUGAUGCGAGCUCGGAUGGAGGAGACGGUUGUUCUCAUGUCUCACGAAUACGCCCCAAUGUCUGAGAUUUUGCAUUCUUUCGGUAACGGGCUCACAGUGAAUAUGGCUCAAAUCAUGUCAUCCGAGUUGAAUCAACUGUCCGAAGCACUUAUGAACAUCUAUCAAGUGUCAGGGACAACAGUUGAAUGGAUAUCAGCCCUCGUUGAGGACGAGAUAGACGGUAUCCACAAGGAGUCCACAGCCAACAGACUUCGGUAUACGUCGCGACUCCAUUCCAACGACACUAGGGAGCAUGGCCAAGAUAGAGAGGUCCUGGUUCGCGACCUGGGGCGCACCGCAACCUUAGAGGCGAAUCUUCUUUUCCGAGGAAACUCGCUUCUCACCAAAGCCCUUGAUUACCACAUGCGUCGCCUCGGCAAGGAAUAUUUGGAAGAAACAAUUGGUGAACGGCUAUAUGAGAUCGAUGAGACUGACCCUGAAUGCGAAGUUGACCCCUCUCGAAUACAUCGUGCAGACGAUCUCGAACGCAACUGGAAGAAUCUGGUCAGCCUUACCACGAGUGUCUGGAAGUCUAUAGCCAGUUCUGCCUCACGGUGCCCGGCGGAGUUGAGACUUAUCUUCCGACACAUUCGGGCUUGUGCUGAUGAUCGAUAUGGCGAUUUCCUCCGCUCCGUUACGUAUAGCAGUGUCUCUGGCUUUCUCUUCUUGCGGUUCUUUUGUCCAGCAAUUCUAAAUCCGAAGCUGUUUGGACUGCUCAAAGAUCACCCCCGUCCUCGCGCCCAACGCACUCUGACACUGAUUGCCAAAGCCCUGCAAGGCCUGGCCAACAUGACAACGUUUGGGAGCAAGGAACCUUGGAUGGAGCCAAUGAACAAGUUCCUGAACAGCAACCGGAAUGAAUUCAAAACAUUCGUCGACUCCAUCUGUGCGAUACCGGCCGACCGCCCUACACCCAUCGUCACACCAUCUUAUGCCACUCCAAUCCAGAUUCUCGGCCGUCUACCACCACCCUCGCGUGAGGGGUUCCCAAGCCUUCCUUUCCUCAUUGAUCAUGCACGAAGCUUUGCCAAUUUGAUCAGAAUAUGGCUAGAAGUCGCGCCAGCCCGGCUAUCACAACUGGAAGAAUCAGAUCCUGCGAUCUUGAAAUUCCAUGAGAUUGCCAUCCGUUUACAGCAAAGAACCAAGGAAUGCUUAAACAGGGCGGAGCUGGCGGAACGUCCUAACGGCAACCUCGAAAUCAAGUGGGAAGAAUUAGUCGACUCUUUAGAGCGUUCUGUGACGCUCUACGGAGAAAGCUCAUCCAAGCCCACAACGCCUGCUCCCGCUUCAGCUCCCGCUCCUUCUUCGGCGCCCGCUCCUGAAGCCAACGUGCCAUCAGCGGCGUCUCUGACCGGAAGUCACCGUAACUCCAUCGGUUAUUUUACCUCCAGGCCGUCCCUCCCCCGCCGCUCAACCGACCAUGCCCAGGAAGCUGAUGAGGAGACUCCCCCGAGUUCGUCUUCCGCCACCUGGGACCAGAGCAGAGUGCCGUUCUCAAUACCCAGGUGGUCUGAACCUCGAGAUAGUACCGGGAGCUCCAAAAAUUCCUCGACCUAUUCGCUUGAAUACCCCGAUGCUGCCAAAUCCCGCCGGUCUAGCAUAACUAAGGAGACAACGAGUAAAUAUCGCACAUUCUUCGAUUUUGUUCCUGCACCGUCCAGGCGCAAGGGUAAAGACCGGGAUGCCAACCAGCAGCAGUCCCGCGAGGAACUACGGAACGAAUCUUGA